AUGACCUGGCCGAGCGUACGUCAGCAAGUGUCCAGGAGCUUGACCAAGCGUGCCAGCGCAGCCCCUCGGGGGAACGGUUUAGGAGUUCAGAUGGUAGUGCAUGUUUGUUCAAGCGCUCAGGAGUCGCGGAACAGUGGUGUGAGAUAUCAUCAUGUUGAUGUCGAAGUAAACCGUGUUGGAAGGCACGAGAGAGUGCAGACUUACCGUUGCAGAGGCUCUGGAGCAGCGAUCCGGGGGUAUGACCCAGCCAGCAAGAGAGAGAGGAAUAUUCGGCAGCUCUUGAUGCAAGCCGAAACUGCACUUGCUGCCUCAUCCCCGCUGGCGAAUGCCAACCGCACUUCUUGCGUUCGUGCUGGCGAGCGCGACGACAAUGCAGAACGUCAUGCGCUGAGAUCUGGAGAGGAAGAAGGAGGAAAAUUGCACGAUGUUUACUGCACGAAUUCCAGGUUUUGUGGUGCACCCAAAAAAAAAAAACCUUAG